AUGCGGACUAUUGAGGCGGCUCUUGCGGAUCGCCAGUCAUCGACGUCGGAUGAGCUCCUAUUGAGUGUGAAACUUCUAGAACUUUUCGAAUGUCUCUGUUCAGAGGAUCCCAGCAACCACGCCUGGGCUCGCCAUGCGAUUGGUUCCGUGAGUCUUGUUCGAUGGCGUGGCGAGCAGAACUUCGCGACACCCAUGGGGAAGAGCUUGUUUCAUUCCGUGCGGUUUAUCACGAUCAUGACAUGCAUCCACUACUCCGAGCGUGUGCGACCUUACCGGGAAGGAGAAAGCUGGACCGAAUUGUCAACGGCUCCAUACGGAGAAGAGCCCGCCCACAGCCUGAUGAGGACCGCGAUCGACGUGGCAGCAUUAAAGGCGAGCGCCUGCGAUAUGUUCGACAAGGAGCACAGUCCACGGCCAGAAGCCCGCGAACUUGUAGAGCUAAUGUCACGGAUCCACGAGAUCGACUGCCGUCUCCUGCAAUGGCAGCAGGGCCUCCCCGAAUCAUGGCAAAGCUACCACGUCAAGAUCGAGGGUGACGACGGCGACCGCCCGCAUCGAAAAACGUGGGAUGGGUAUGUCUACGUGCACAGAAACGUCUGGGUGAGCGCCCACGUCACCACCUUCCACGUGUUGCGCCUGCAUGUGAAUGCCAUGCGGCUGCGGGUGUUGAGGAAGUUUGGCCGUGGCAGUCAGCCGUCUCCGUCGGCCGAGGGAUGUCUGCAAUGUCUCCAGCAUAUUGCUGAUAAUAUCUGUGCCUGUGUCGCGCCCGCGGUCAGGGACGUCGUGCUGAAGGGCGACAUCCCGUCCGGCUUCAAGGCCGAUAACAUUGGCGGUCGGGCUGUGUACGUCAAGAUGUGGCUCCUGGCGACUCUGGCACGGCUCGAGACCAUAUCGACGGAGCAACGCCAAUGGGUGAUCAAUCUCAUGGCCCUCAUCUCGGCGCGAUACGGCUUGAACAUGGCGACGACUUUGUCACAAUGGCCGGCUAGUCUUGUAUGUCAAGAAGUCCGCGAACCGAACGGGAAACUCCAACGAGAGCUUUUCGUGCAGGGGCUUGAAUUGAAGACCCGUUGA